UCCGCGGAUAAUCCCUUCAGUGUUCGCAUCCCGACAAUAGAUGAGAAGCCAGUAUGGUGGUGGAGGAUUUUGGCCUGUCUUCCUUAUCUUUUAGCUUUGCAGAUGUCUGAGACAGCGUAUUAUGUCCAACCCUUCCUUGAACGCUACGAAUUCCUCGAGAGUUUGUUUUAUUAUAUCCCAGGAGCAGUUCAUAGAUUACCUUGGUGGUUCCAGUUUGCACAUUUCUACGUUGCCUACUUAGGAGUGGUGCAGAGUGACAAAUGGCCUCACUAUUUACGAUUCCAUGUAGCCAUGGGCUUUCUACUAGAAUCGGCCCUGCUGGUGGUGGUGCAGUCAAGCAAUCUCAUGCCACUUAUACACUUUCAAGGUACUUUUGGGUUAUACUACUGGGCAGCUGUGGGAUUCAUGUAUAUUGUGAUGGUGUUGGAGUGUGUAAGGUGUGCUCUUGCUGGUAGGUAUGUUAAACUCCCUUUGAUUAGUGAUAGUGCAUUUAUCCAUAGUCUUUUUAGAGUGAGGGGAUACCAUCGGCCUAUAUAGUCAGUGGUAUCAAGUCCCCCAUUGUGUAGCCCCAUGUC